AAUUGAUCAAACUGGUACUUUUGUUGUUUUUCACCUUAUAAAUAUGCAACAUAUACAUUCAUUUUUUUCCAUCUCUGAACCCAUCAUUUCUAAAAUUAUGGCUCUUGUAGUCACUAAUAACAGUGCAUCAAAAAGAACCAAUAGCUCAUCUGAGAAUGACGACUACUUAUCAGUUGUCGAGGGUGGUUCUCUUGACCACCAUCAUGCGCCUCUCAUAUCCACCUACAAUGACCACAUUCGCCCCUUGCUAAACUGCAUCGAUAAGCUACGUCAUCUUAAGGUGAUGCAAGAAGGUAUCCAACUCCCAACCAUUGUGGUUGUUGGUGACCAGUCUUCUGGGAAAUCGAGUGUACUUGAGUCAUUGGCACAAAUCAGCCUCCCACGUGCUCAAGGCAUUCGUACCAGGGUCCCACUCAUGCGGCUGCAGCAUCAUUCAGACCCGAAUCCGCAACUGCACUUGGAGUACCAUGAUAAGACUGUUGCUACUAAUGAAUCUCGUAUCGAAGAGGAUAUUAUUGCAGCCACUGAUGAGAUUGCUGUGAGACUGCUACUAAUGACCUUUAUCUCUUUGAUGUUUUCUUCAAUUACUGUGAGCUAUUAAGGUUUUAAUUAAGUUUUCUUUUCUUCA